AUGGCGACAAAAAGAGUGAGAGAAGAUGCAAACAUCGAGAUGCUCCCCAUAGCCAACUCCAUGGCUCCAUUGUUGUGCACAGGCAAGGAUAAGUCUGGCUCUGGCUCUGGCUCCAAUUUGGGCAAUAGCGAUUGUAAUCAGAGCUUCACUUGCAAAACUUGUAAAAAAGAGUUCUCGACCUUCCAAGCCCUUGGUGGCCAUCGUACAGGCCACAACAAAGCCUCUAGAUUGAUGGGGGAUGAAGACCACCUUGAUCGUGAUGAAAUUGGUAGGCUAUUGUCACCAAUGACGAUGACGGUGACAGCAAAGACAAAGGCAAAGGUGAUGACGACUGCAAAGGCGGAAAAGCAAGUAAAGACUCAUAAGUGCCCAAUAUGUGGGAUGGUGUUUCCAAUGGGUCAAGCUUUGGGUGGUCAUAUGAGACGGCAUCGAGGAGCUGUAACAAGGAAGGAUACACACCCGUUUAUGGAGAAAUUAGAGAGUAACAUGUCAUGCCCAGCUAAUUCCGAGCCUAUGACAAGCAACUCUGAGAGAGAGCACUUGGAUCUAGAUCUACACUUGGCACCUUAUAAUCAACGAUACCAAGUUUAA